AUGGUUGCAACAGUGACAUGCCAAAUUCGAUGGGAAUCGAGCAAGGCGAUAGGACCAACAAGUCCGAUGGCACCGGCUGAAAAAGGGACCAGGCCAAAGGGAAUCUGGGGAUUAUUGGGCUCACCGUGGCAAGACCCCUUACCGAAAGGCGAAAUGGCUGUAACACGUUUAGAUGAUCUAAAUAAUAUGAUCCAUCGAUGCUCAAUUUGGCCAAUGACUUUUGGAUUGGCCUGCUGUGCUAUUGAAAUGAUGCAUUUUGCUGCUCCGCGUUAUGAUAUGGAUCGUUUUGGUGUCGUCUUUCGAGCAUCUCCUAGACAGUCAGAUGUUAUGAUUGUCGCUGGAACAGUUACUAAUAAGAUGGCUCCCGCGGUUCGACGAGUUUAUGACCAGAUGCCUGAACCAAAAUGGGUGAUUAGUAUGGGUUCAUGUGCAAAUGGUGGUGGUUAUUAUCAUUAUUCAUAUUCAGUGUUAAAAGGUGUCGAUCGAAUUAUUCCUGUGGAUAUCUAUGUUCCGGGAUGUCCACCGUCAGCAGAGGCAUUGCUAUAUGGUGUACUACAAUUGCAAAAGAAAAUUAAGCGAAAACGAGAGGGUUUAAUGUGGCAUAGAAGGUGUUAUGAGCUUAAGGACUUCGUUGUUGACGUUCAAUGGAUUAUGGCUGCAGCCAACAGAGCUGAACUCGAAGCAUUGGAAGCAUCAUUGCAACAAUUCCGUGUAAACGAGCUUCAUAUUCUGCUGUCGUCAUUUAAGUGUCCGAAACUAGGCAAAAAAACAGAAUUAGUACAGCGGUGUAUUAAUUUGCUACAAAACGCUCGCAAUCAAGCUGCAGUGAUACAAAAGAUUCGCGAAAUUAGUUCCAGUAGACGUUACAGCGCAUCAAACGCACCUUCGGUACCCAUGUAUAAUCAUGUGGAUGGUAAUGGUGUCAUGAAUGGUUACAAUCCUGUAAUGACAUUAUCAUCUGCAUUGAUGCAGCAACAGUAUAUCAGUACACACAAUCCAUUUUCAUCACAAGUGGUUCAGACUAGAAGUUUGAACAUUGCUGAUUUACCAUUUUAUGAUAAACAGCAAACAUUACUUGAACUUUCUGAAUUGCCGGCAAAUAUAUCCGGUAUUCGAUCAACAUCUCGUUUGGCUUUUACAUUUGCUGUCCCACCAAAUAUUAUGCCACAUAUUGCUUAUAGAAAUGAGUCUGCUACGGUUUUGCCACGUACUGAGCUACAACUACGAUUCUUUUUAUUGGACCAUUCAACUGAACAGCACGAUGACUUUCCACCCAAUUGCAAUGUGAAGAUAGACGAUGUUCCGGUCACUCUUCCGAAUAUUAUCCCAACGAAUAAACCAAAUGCGGAACCGAAAAGACCGAGUCGUCCGGUGAAUAUAACCCCUUACUGUCAGCCACCACGAGAUGCCAUGAGGCCUCAUCGAUUGGUGGUGGAAUGGUCUGCAGAUAAACGCUCUUGGGCAAUCGGCAUUUAUGUCGUAAAAAGACUUACCUCCGAUAUAUUGCUCCAGCGUCUAUUAGAUAAUCUUGCUACUCGUCGUGAUGCUGAAGAAACAAAACGUGUGAUUAGAAAUCGUUUAUCUAGCGACGAUGAUGCGAUACAAAUGGAAACGCUAAGAAUGUCCUUAUUGUGUCCUCUUGGAAGAACGCGAAUGCUAAUACCGGUCAAAGCAUAUGAUUGCACACAUUUGCAGUGCUUCGAUUUAUCAAAUUUUUUAAAGAUGAAUGAAAAACGACCGACGUGGAAAUGUGCAGUUUGUAAUAAUGGUGCACCUUACAAGAAACUAAUUAUUGAUGGCUAUUUUGAAAGGGUUCUGAAAGAUACAACUCUGAAUAUCACAGAAGUUGAACUGUUUAAUGAUGGUGGUUGGCGACCAGUUGAUGAGGAAGAUAAAUCUGUUUCCGAUAAUGAAGAAGAAAUAAGUUCGUCAAACGAUUCAAAAAGUCUUUCUAAAAGCGUCAAAAAUAGUGCAUUACAUAAUGGUAAUCGAAUAAAUGCAGUCUUGGAUGAUGAUGUCAUAAUUCUAGAUAGUGACGACGAUGAUGAGAUUCUACAGCAACGAGCGCAAAGACGGAACAUCACUCCUUCGGUUGUAUGUAUCGAUCUUGAUGACAGUGAUCCAGUGGAUCUAUCACCGCACACAUGUCAAUCAUCCCACAUAUCUUCCACUCCGCUAUCAUUCAACAGUAGCACGUCACUGGUGGCAUCCACGUCAUGCGCAUCAGUAACUGGUACAACGGUUGGAAGUUCUGCUCAGAUUAGUAGCAAUCGUCCUAUCAUGCACUACCAACAACAGCAGCAAUCACCACAUCCGAGCCAAUCAGUGCAAUAUUUUCCAAAUCCUGCGGUAUCGCUGGUACCACCACCUGAUACUGUCAUAGCAGGUACUAGUAAUGCCAAUUACUUCCAUUCUUUCGAACAGCCAUAUUCAUACUAUCAACAGGAUUUCAAUACUCGUCUAAUUGCUGAAGAACUGCGACAGUUUAUGGCCAAUAUUCAACAGUCAACGAAUGCACCCAGUUUUCCUAGAUACUCGUCGUAA